AGGGAUUUCAAAACCCUAAAAAUCCCCUUAGUAAGUAGUCGUAGUGAGCAUUAGUAUUAGCUGAAAGCCCAAAUUCUCUGCGAAGCUGCUUCAUUGCCCCAUUCGAAUUGUCGACAAUGUUCUCAAUUGCAGCUAUCAAUGAUACUGAAUCCAAAGGCAAAUGGGAACCUUUAGCUCCCACCAAAGAAGCUCAGGAAUUUCAUCUUUCACAAACUUAUCAUGAAGGACUUCACAAGUUACAAGCUAAAGAAUACAAAAAGGCUACCGAGCUGUUAGAAUCUGUCCUACAAGAUCCUCUUAUAGCAAAUGCUCAGGUGGAUGGUAAUGUCAGCGAUUGCCAUCUUUUGCAACUCAGAUUCUUGGCACUGAAGAACCUUGCUAAUGUUUACCUUCAACAAGGUUCGGCAUAUUAUGAGAGUGCUUUACGAUGUUAUCUUCAAGCUGUAGAGAUUGAUACCAAAGAUUCUGUUGUCUGGAACCAGCUGGGAACAUUGUCAUGCUCAAUGGGCUCUCUGAGUAUAUCCCGUUGGGCAUUUGAGCAAGGGCUUUUAUGCAGCCCUAGUAAUUGGAACUGCAUGGAGAAAUUAUUGGAAGUUCUUAUUGCUAUUGGUGAUGAGGUUGCAUGCCUUUCUGUUGCAGAGUUAAUUUUGAGGCAUUGGCCAUCACAUUCUCGUGCUUUGCAUGUCAAGGAAACCAUUGAAGAAUCCGAGCCAGUUCCAUAUGCUCCUAGAGGUAUAGAUAAGCUGGAACCUAAACAUGUCCGUCUAAAAUUUGUUGACAAGAGAAAAGCAAGUGAUGAAAAUAUAGAGGAGGGCGUUGCAUCAAAGAAGCUGAAGCAGAGCAUAGAUCUGAACCUGGCAGAAGCUUCUUGGGCUGCUCUUGUUGAUGCACUCAUGGAUAUCUUACUUCCAUUGAAUGGGAGUCAAUCUGAGAUGGGGGCUGCAAAAUCACACCAAUCUGGGGAUGUAAGAUUGAUUUUACACUUACCUUCUAAUUCAGAAAGUACCGUAGGAUUUGAGGAAAGGAAAGGGUUUAACUUAUCCCCAAUUGGUGGAAAUGCUGUAUUUGGUGAUUGUAACUCUGAAAAAACUGGUACUGUUAAAGAAAAAGCCACGAAUCUUCUAGAAUUACAACCACAAGAGAGGCGGAGUACUCGUCUCGAAAGGCUUAGAAGUCGUAAACCGGGGAAAGAAGAUCUUGACUUUGGUAACGGUAAGGAUCAGGCCAAGGUUGUAGUUCAAUAUCUAGAACCUUUUAUUGCUGGUGGAUCAGGAAUCAAAGAUUCUGGUCAUUCCGGUAAUUGUGUUGUUUCAUGUCCUGAUCAAACUAAUCCAUGGGAUACUGAAUAUGGCGAUGUUUCCAGAUUUGUCGAAAAAACUUCAAAUAAUUAUGGUGCUUUCCAUUUGGCCCAUUUGCUUUUAGAGGAGGCUGCAAGUAGAGGUCUUUUGUAUCAGGAUGCAUUUAUUAAGAUCCUGGAGUUGGAAAAGAUGACAAGGAAUUGGGGGAAGGAUAGGAGUCGUGAGUGUUGCCUUUUUCUUGCUGAGCUUUAUUAUGACCUUGGGUCAUUGUCUUCCGAUGUUUCCAGGCUAUCUGAGUUCAUGUCUGAGGCAUCUUAUCAUCUUUGUAAAAUUAUUGAAUCUGUAGCUGUGGAUGAUGAAAGUAUCUCUGGGCUUGAGAGAUUCUUUGGUACUAGUGGAAUAUCAGCGAAUACUUCUGUUUGCCCGGAUGUACCAUUAGAUGGUUCGUCUUUAACAAGUAACAGUUCCUUCUGGGUUCGGUUUUUCUGGUUAAGUGGACGGUUAUGUAUUUUGGAUGGCAACAAGGAAAAAGCCCACCAAGAAUUCUGUAUUUCCUUGUCACUUUUGGCGAAGAAGGAAAAUACGACUGAUUCCCAAUGUGUGAUCCGCCUCCCUUAUUGCAAGGUUGUUAAAGAGUUAACCAUUCAUAGAAUUCGCCAUGAAAUCAACAUUUUAAAGGUUGAUUUCUUGAUGGAGAAGACUUUAGGUGAGAUGAUUGAGAAAGAAAUGUAUAUGGAGUGCAUGUCCUUGCUUGUUCCACUUCUAUUUGCAACAAAAAAUGUUCCCCCUGAUGCAUUACCCUUGCGCUUAGCUGAUAAAGGGGGAGAAGGAAUUACUUCUGUUGAACUAUCAGCACUAGAUAUUUUAAUCAAAGCAUGUGAGAAGACAAAACCUAUGGAUGUUGAUGUUUAUUUGAGUUGCCAUCGGCGGAAACUGCAAAUUCUUAUGGCAGCAGCAGGGAUCGAUGAAUGCCUUGCUUCCUGUAAAUCCUUCCUAUUGAAAUCCGGGUCAAACCCUCGCUAUGCUUCUGAUGUAGAUACAAAAGAAAGUUCAAGCAAGCAUUGCUGGAAUUUCUUGGUUGCAGAGGAAGUGAAGGCUAUUUCUCAAUGUGUGUCCCAAGUGAAGAACUUUAUUGAUCAAUCUGGAGCUUCCGACACUAUUCCAAUGAGCAGCAUAGGUGAUAUGCAAUGCUUGCUCUUGUCAGUCAUGUGCAACGUUGCAAGCAUAUUCCUCUCUAAGAAGUCUUCUGAUCUAGUAAUUACUGAUCAAAUUGAAAGAAGUUGCUUUAUUGAAGCUUCCAUUGCAUUUUGCAAGCUCCAACACCUCAACAUCACGAUAACUGUUAAAACUCAAGUUGACUUAAUUGUCACAAUGCAUGAUUUGCUGGCUGAGUAUGGGCUCUGCUGUGCUGGUCUGGGCGGUGAAGGGGAGGAAGGAACAUUUCUUAAGUUUGCAAUUAAGCAUCUAUUGGCCUUGGAUAUGAAGUUUAAAUCUAAUUCAUUAAACAAGGAAACGGCUCAAUACAAAGAGCAACUUUGCCUAAACAGUCAUGCCAAAUCAGAUACUGAUUUGGAAAUGGUUCACACAGGAAUAGAUGAGACCAGUGCUUCCGGAAAGGAUGCUUCUGAAAGGACACCUUCCAAAAGCACUUCAUUUGAUAAUACCCUAGAUAAAGACAGCGUGGGAUUGGAAGGUGGAAAGCAAGGUGUAGAUGGGUCUGGUGGCAAGUUCAACGGAUGUGAAAAAGAAAAUUUUCAAUUGAAUGAAGCCGGAGCUGAGCUCCUUGAAGAUGAAAGGGAGGAACUUGAGUUGAAAAUUGAUUAUGCAUUGGAUCAGUGUUUCUUCUGCUUAUAUGGUCUAAAUAUAAGAUCUGAUUCAUCCUACGAAGAUGAUUUAGUUGUGCACAAAAAUACUAGCCCUGGUGAUUACCAGACAAAGGAACAGUGUGCUGAUGUUUUUCAGUACAUACUACCUUAUGCAAAGGCUUCUUCUAGGACAGGAUUAGUUAAAGUUCGAAGAGUACUCAGAGCCAUACGCAAACAUUUUCCACAACCACCAGACGAUGUUUUGGCUGGAAAUGCAAUAGAUAAGUUCUUAGAUGAUCCUCAUUUGUGCGAAGAUAAGCUCUCAGAGGAGGCUGGAUCUGAUGGGUUUCUUGAAACCAUAACAAAGAUUAUACUCCCUGAUGCGAGAAGCCUUAAACAACAGAAGACAUCAUCCGUUGGGAGCUCUGAACCGUAUCUGGAUGUCUAUUGCAACUUGUAUUAUUUCCUUGCCCUAUCUGAGGAAAUGAGUGCUACUGAUAAGUGGCCUGGCUUUGUUCUUACCAAGGAAGGGGAAGAAUUUGUACAGCAUAACGCAAAACUCUUCAAAUAUGAUUUACUCUACAAUCCUCUACGUUUCGAAAGUUGGCAAAGACUCGGAAAUAUCUAUGAUGAGGAAGUAGACUUGUUGCUAAAUGAUGGCAGUAAGCACAUCAAUGUGGCAGGAUGGAGGAAGAGUGCUACUUUACCUCAGAGAGUUGAGACAAGUCGACGGAGGAGUAGAGAAUGUACUGAUUUGUUUUCUCUUUUUAUGGCCCAGUCUGAGAUACACGAGCUAUUGGCAUUGGUGUACUAUGAUAGCCUUCAAAAUGUGGUGCCAUUUUAUGAUCAGCGAACUGUUGUACCCUUGAAGGAUGCAGCAUGGAUGAUGUUUUGUGAGAACUCGAUGAGACAUUUUAAAAAAGCUUUCGCUCACAAGCAAGAUUGGUCCCAUGCUUACUAUAUUGGGAAGCUCUGUGAAAAGCUAGGAUUCUCUUAUGAGACAUCAUUGUCAUAUUAUGAUAAAGCUAUUGCUCUAAAUCCAACAGCUGUAGAUCCAGUCUACAGGAUGCAUGCUUCGCGUUUGAAGAUGCUUUGUACACGUGGAAAACAAAAUAUAGACGCUUUAAAGGUUCUUUCAUCAUAUGCCUUUAAUCAAUCAAGAAAGGAUGCUAUCAUGACAAUCUUAGGUAACUUGGCUUCUGAAAACUCAAACUCGCCUAAGGAUAGAAGCACACAAGCAAACACUGGGGAGCAGAAGCAUGAAGAUUCACUCAAAUUAGAGGUGUGGAACAUGCUUUACAGUGACUGUCUUUCUGCCCUUGAAACUUGUGUUGAAGGAGAGCUUAAACAUUUUCAUAAAGCCAGAUAUAUGCUUGCUCAAGGUCUGUAUAGAAGUGGGGAAAGUGGUGCGUUGGAGAGGGCAAAGGAAGAACUCUCCUUUUGCUUCAAAUCAUCUCGCUCAUCUUUUACGAUAAAUAUGUGGGAGAUUGAUAGCAUGGUCAAAAAAGGAAGGCGGAAAACUCCUGGUUUCUCUGGGAGUAAAAAAUCCCUUGAAGUUAACUUACCUGAAAGUUCUCGAAAGUUUAUUACUUGCAUCCGGAAAUAUCUGUUGUUCUAUUUGGAACUGUUGGAGAAGACUGGAGACAUCUGUACUCUUGACCGUGCUUAUAUAUCUCUGCGAGCUGAUAAGAGGUUUUCACUAUGCAUUGAAGAUCUUGUUCCAGUAGCACUCGGGAGGUACGUUAAGGCCUUGGUUUCAUCCAUGCGACAAGCUGAGACUGUUGGCUCUGGUGCUACAAGUAAUUCUGAGCAUAUAUUGGAGAAAGUGUUUGUUUUGUUCAUGGAGCAGGGAAACUUAUGGCCAGAAAUAUGUGGUUUGCCUGAGAUUAAGGUCACAGAAACAUCAGAAAGCAGUUUAUAUGGAUAUCUUCAUGAACACAUAAUAACUUUGGAGAAAAAUGGCAAGCUGGAGACACUUGAAGCCAUAAAUGAGAAGAUACGAAAGAGGUUUAAGAAUCCAAAAUUAUCAAACAGUAACUGUGCAAAAGUUUGUAGGCAUGCUUCCAUUGCUUGGUGUCGAUCUCUUAUACUAAGCUUGGCAAAGAUCACUCCGUCACAGUCUGAAAUCACCAGUGAGAUGCGGGUCCUUAAUCCAACAGAGAUGUUGGAAAACAGCCAGCUGCUUUGUGUUGAUCUGCAAACAGACGAAUUAUGGAGUUCAGCAUUCGAGGACCCAACCCACUUUAAAAAUCUUGAAGCAAAACGGAAUCCUAUUUUGUCUAAAAUAAAGAAUUUAACAGUUAAGAAAGCUUCAGAUGAAAAUUUGGAGGCUGCCAGCGCUCUGCUUCGAUCUUCUUACAAUUUUUAUCGUGAGAGCUCCUGUGUGAUGCCCUCAUCUGGUGUCAACCUGUAUUUGGUUCUGUCUUGGUUAGCAAAGGAUACACAGUUCAAGCCGACCAUGGAUGGGGCUGAAAUCCUUGACCUUAGCAUUCCGAGAAAGCUUCUCUUGUGGGCUUACACGCUAUUGCAUGGCCGUUACACAAACAUAUCUUUUGUCGUAAAGCAUUGUGAAGAGAAUGCAAAGUCUAAAAUGAAAAAAGGAGCUGGAACCUUAUUUGCGCCCUCAAACACAAGCACACCCAACACCAGCACUACGCAAGCAGGUUGUGGGAGAGAUGGAGCUGGCCAUGCUGGAACCAGUGAUGCAGAGGCCACUCCGGUGACAACAGUUGUAUCCGCUUCAUUACCUGAGGACUCCAUGCAAUGUGCCAAUCCACCACCUUCCGGCGUCUGUCAAAGGAGUUUAUUUGCUGCUCCCCAACUGCACCAUUGCAGCAACACCGUUGCAGAGAGGAGCAAUACAACGGCAGAUGGAGGUGGUUUAGACAAAAGUUGAAUUACAAUUAGUUAAUUGUAUCGGUAUUCUUGUAAAUAUUUUCUCCCAAUUAAUCUAACGUAUCUUUAGGCUAACCGGAUGCUGAUGUGAUGUGAUACCCAACUGGAUGCAGUUUGGAUUUAAGGGCUUAAGAAAACAGGCCGUUGUCAA